AUGCUCCGCCAGGACAUCAUCAGACAUUUUGUCGACAAGCCGAUACGUCGAAAUCUCAACUGGAUCGACGGAAAAGCCAUACAAUGGUUGAAAUUACACAGAAACGACAUCGUGAUUGUGGACUGCGAUAAAGGACUGGGAGAUGCAAUCAUGCCCCGUACCUGGAUUAACCAAGAGUUGCAACGACUUUUGGAUUCAGGCUUCAAGAAGUUGACACCCAAUCAAUGUCAGCAACAAUCCUUUCUGGCAAGGUCCUGCAUUGAAAGCAUUGUGAACCAAGCACAGGCGCGCAAUGUGAUCUGCACGAAACAGGCCGAAUUCAUCAAAGUUGGUCUUUUUUCAGCCAAGGAAGGAACCUUCAGGUUGAGGGUAAAGCUGCACAAAAACCCGGUCGUUGGCAGACCCAUCGCGAACUUAUCAAACAGCUGGCUCACACCGGCGAGUAUCUUUCUGUGCAAAAUGCUAGCUCCAAUCCAGGAGAAGUUGACCUACACUGUGCACAGCAGUUACGAGUUCUUGGAAUCCAUGCCACGCGUGGUUCCACCCGGUUAUGAGAUUGCGACGAUCGACAUCAAAAACCUUUACCCCAGCAUUGAUACAGAGCACAUGCUGUUGACGCUUUCUGAGGAUAUUCUCGUCCACUACGGCCACACCGACCUCGCGAACUUUGUUAUCGGUCUGCUCCGUAUCGUCCUGCGGAAUCAGCUCAUACAGCAUCGCGGGGAGUGUUUCCAAGCCUUUGGUAUCGCGACAGGUUUGCCACCUGGCGUAUUUCUCGCAAACAUAUACGUGAACCACGUUGAUCAACUCGUGAUGCAAACGCACUCUUCAAAGAUCGCGUUCUAUGCACGUCUCGUGGACGAUUCCGUUGUGUGCACAAGCGACGUCGAUGAGAUACAGAGAGUCCAAAACUCGUGGCGGCAUGAUUUGGUGUGGGAAAUCUCAAGCCGUGGAGGUCGUUCUGACAUCGGCGAAGACGCGGUUGCAUUCCUAGACAUACAGCUAUCGCACCAUGGUGGAAGCAUGUCUUGGGAAACAUACCGGAAGCCCCUGAACAAAUACCUCUACAUUCCAAGGUCGAGCGCUCACCCUCCAGCUGCUAUUGUCAGCCUCAUUCGUGGAGAAACCGUUCGGAUUUGGCGCACCAACAGAAAGUACACCGAUGUGCACAAGCAUUUGGAGUUCUUCGCAUCUUCGAUGGCAAAACGUGGUUAUUCAUACCAACAGGUCAAGAAUGACAUUCAGAAGCAUCUACGCAAAAUCACAUCGUCUUCUCAACGAGUGACCAAGACAGCUCGCAAGAUGUUUGCUGUUAUUAAGUACAGCAGCUCAGCAGAAGAGCAGAAGAGGCGUGAGGAGGAGGAGCAACGGAAAAAGAUGGAGGGUGGUUUGGAUCGGAUCCUUCACUCGCUGACGAAGAACGUCAGCGCCCCCGACAUCACGGCUUGCGGUAUUGAUCUGAAUCCGGCACGCCUGCGGCUGCUAGCAAAGAAUCUCUCCGAGAAUACGUCCUGCCGCUCCAUCGACCUCAAUCGCAAGGGGCUGACCGACGAAGACGGCGUGUCCCUUGCAACGAUGCUGGAGAAGAACCAGGGCCUGUUGAAGCUCGAGUGCGAGGGCAACAACCUUGGAGUUCAGUCGGCGGAGAAGUUAGGUGAAGCGCUGCGGAAGAAUCAGACUCUUCGCUCUCUCAACCUCGAAAGCAACAAUCUGACUGCGAGUGGCAACGAUCAGAAAGGCAUCAUCAAGCUGGCUGAAGCUUUGCAGGAGAACAAGUCCUUGCGGGUGCUGCUGCUCUCAAAGAACGGAAUCACGGCCCAGGCCGGUGAAUACUUCGUCCGGGCCAUCGAGCAGAAUGACACACUGACUCUGGUGGACCUGUCCGGCAACGAUGCCUCUCCGGGCGUUGAGCAGCUCCGGAGGAUCGAUGCCGUGGUGCAGCGCAACCGAGAGCGACUCAGCACAAUUCGCCGUGCCGAGAGGCGCGAACGCUUUGCGCUCUACAACGAAGAGUUCAGGUGCCGACAGCAUGCCAUGCAGAUCGAGGCGAUGCGCCUGGAGAUCGAAGCCAUGCAGGAGCGGCGCUUGAACCGCAUGAAAGCUCGCUCCGAGAGGUGGGUGGAGGAAAUCCACGAAGUUUGCGAGGACGAGAAGCGUAAGCAAGAGGAGCUGGUGGAAGAGGCGGCGCUGCGCGCAGAGGCGAACAAGUCCAAGGGCAAGAAGAAGCGGAAAUGA